AACCGCAAAGGCGCUGUGAGUGAGCUGGAGCACAUCCCCGACGCGGUUUUAUGUGACGUGCAUUCUCACGAUGGCGUUGUCAUUGCUGGAUAUACAUCAGGGGACGUGAGGGUGUGGGACACCCGCACCUGGGACUACAUAGCCCCCUUCCUGGAAUCAGAGUUCGAGGAGGACGAGCCUGGAAUGCAGCCAUAUGUCUCCUUUGUGAGGAUAAACAGCUCGCUGGCGGUAGCAGCUUAUGAGGAUGGGUUUCUUAAUAUUUGGAAUCUAAGGACUGGAAAGUAUCCUGUUCAUCGUUUUGAGCACGAUGCAAGAAUACAGGCACUAGCCCUCAGCCAGGAGGAUGCAACCGUUGCCACAGCUUCUGCUUUUGAUGUCGUAAUGUUGUACUCCAAUGAUGAGGGAGACCAGCAGAUAGUUGCAGAAUUUGAAGUUCAGAAACUGGUUGACUACCUUGAAAUAGUUCCAGACACUGGAAGGUACCCUGUGGCAGUAGCCACUGCUGGGGAUCUGGUGUACCUGCUCAAAGCUGAAGACUCUGCCAGAACCCUCCACUAUGUCUACGGCCAGCCUGUCACGUGUCUAGAUGUCUCAGCCAACCAGGUGGCUUUUGGUGUAAAGAGUCUGGGAUGGGUGUACGAAGGAAACAAGAUCCUGGUGUACAGCCUGGAAGCAGAACGCUGCCUCUCGAAGCUGGGGAAUGCUCUUGGUGACUUCACAUGCGUCAACCUCAGGGACAGCCCUCCCAACCUCAUGGUCAGCGGCAACAGGGACAGGAGGGUGAGAAUCCAUGACCUCCGCACCGAUCAAGUCGCCCUGUCACUCUCCGCCCACCAGCUCGGGGUCUCUGCUGUCCAGAUGGAUGACUGGAAGAUCGUCAGUGGAGGCGAGGAAGGCCUGGUCUCUGUGUGGGACUAUCGAAUGAACCAGAAAUUGUGGGAGGUGCACUCCAGGCACCCAGUACGGCACAUCUCGUUCAACAGCCACAGCCUCAUCACAGCUAACGUGCCCUACGAGCGGGUGGUGCGCAACACCGACCUGGACAGCUUCGCCACUCACAGGAGACACCGGGGGCUGAUCCAUGCCUACGAGUUUGCAGUGGACCAGCUGGCCUUCCAGAGCCCUCUACCCAUCUGCCGCUCACCCUGUGACACUACGGCUGGCCACAACUAUGACCUCGCACUGGCGUUUCCCCACGACCAGAUGUAGGGAUCACCCGUCUAGGAGUAGGGAAGGAAGGGGGAAGAGCCAGUCCUCUGCAUUUUACAGAUGAAGGGAGCCCUGUGCGGGGCCCAAUGUCUGGGGAAGAGAGCAGCCCAGGGUGACCGCUACGGCACACGUUCCCGAGCCCCAAGCCCCUCGCUUGUUUCCCUGCCAGUUCGUUCCUCUCUAGAGUCUCAAGAAGCUGCA